AUGUCGCCUCACUACCAAGACGGCUCCCUUUCUCCGGAGUUUGAAGAUAAGUCCCGACCUGUUGGACACCACAGUCACCAUGUCUUCGACGGUAUUGGUCCCCAGCAAUUACCUCCGGGCUUUCAAGGCCCGGGUCUCAACGGAUGGACCGAAGGACUACAGACCAUGGCACUGGUCAUGUGCCGGAGCUGCUGGAACCCUUGCGGCGUUUCUAAUGGUGUUUACGAGCCGCUCUCCGGAACCGAGGCGAACGGAUACAACUACGGGACCAGCCUCAAUAGGCCGUAUGAGGUUGAGAAACCACCCUCUGCGCAAAUCUCUCAGCCAGAAGUAUAUGUCCCUCCUGCAAUCGCCCCCAGUGUAUCAAAUCCUUUCCCCGUCGCAGAUACUGGAAUGGUGAGCACGUACGCGCCACAAUAUCAAACUCUACAAGAGAGUCCCAGUCAUACAAUGGCACCCCGGAACUCCGGACAUGACUCCGUCGUCUAUCCGGUUGACGUAUCGACGUCCGUGUACUAUCCUGACGCAUCAGUUAUCCCAGGUGGUGAUCCCAUCAAUUUCCCCAAUCUUGGUAACACCGAUCGUCAUAUUCCUACAAGAGAAGGCAUGCCAGGUCCAUACGACGACAACAUGAUGGGCAUGGCUGUGACUUGUGCGGUUUCCCCUACUUCAUCCAUCCCCGCAAGGGCAACCAGCUUUGCGUUGGCGCCCACCUAUGCAAUGCCGUGCGUCAAAACCGAGGACGCGGACAUGUCUGCCCGUAGCAAUAGCCUCGAUGUUGUGUUCCCUCACCAGCGACCACCAGCUUCCAAACGCGGCCCUUUCAAAGACCAAAAGGCACGGGAAGAGACGGCUGUAACGAGAAAGAAUGGGUCUUGCAUCCGCUGUAAAAUGCAACGAGUCCGGUGUAAAACUGACCCAGACGACCCGAAGGGUCCAUGUGUUGGGUGCAAGCCGAAAACGACCAACAAUCACCACAAGCAACUCUUCCGACAGCCAUGCGUGCGUCGCAAGAUCACAGAAUGCAACUUCUUCAAGAGAGGCCAGGCGCCUGGCUAUGAAUGGACACGGCGCUGGGGCAACGGCAUCGUAGACAACAUCAAUAAUUGGGCGUCGAAUGAGGUGAAGACGGUCCGCCUGUGGGAAGGGUAUACGCCUGUUGACAUGUGCGUGCAACUGCACGUGCGAAAGUUCAUCCCGCAACCUGGUGACAAGCUGGAGCGAACUUGGGUCGCUAAAGGCGUCAAGAAGUCCGUCGCGAUUCCUGCGUACGCCAUCACGAACCUCGACGAAGCACAAGCAGCCUACGAAGACUACAUAAAGAGAGGCGUCGUUGGCUGCUUCAAAUCAGUCAUUGAGAGUGUAAUGAGUGUACAGAUGGGUGUCCGGGACCAGCUGAUCUACAAUACGUAUCUCAAAGCCUGGGAACUGUCGCAGAGCGUCAGCACACCGCCAGAUGAACGGGACCUUUUGGUUCAAACACUGGAGCUCUGGAUGGCGGUACGCCUAACGACCAAGUCAGUCCAGAUUGUAGGCGAGGAGACGCUCGGCAUGAGCCGCGACAUACUCGACAGCAGCAGCCCUCAACAUGGAUGUAUCCCUCUUCCGCCAGUAAUGGGAGCUCAGUUGGAUUUGGUUCUCAUCCAGCACAUACAGGCCAGACUUCGGCGAGAAAUGCUGGAGAAGCUGCAGAAGAUGACGCUCCAGAACAAGCAGAAGACGUGGUUGACCACGUACCUGGUGACUUUUAUGCUGCUGCACAACAUCGCGCUCGUUACGGAACAUGAUGCCUCAUACGCACAGAAGCACGGCAUGGGUAAAAAGUUUGCCCGGGAGUUGGACGUUCAAGAGUAUCACCUGGGAGGCACGAUUCUCCUGGCGUAUUUCCACUACUGCAAUAAAGGAAUCUAUCCGUUUUCCGAAGAGUGCAGAGACCAAGAUCUACGGACGCUGGCGCAGCUGGACGAAGACGCGGUACAAUUCAUCCACUGGACAAGAUCUCAGGCCAUGGCUCACAAGCAUGAGUGGGAAGAGGUCCAGCAGGCCAAUCAGUACGAGCAACCAUACUUUUUUGUCAGCCAACUCUUCCAGCGGGAUUGGCAGCCCCAAAUGUGGGCAUAUUAG